UUAAGAUGAAACAGUAAGAGUGAAAAAAAAAGAAAAACGGAAGAAGAAGAAGAAGAAGAGAAAAGAAAAAAAGAAGAAUAAGUAGACAAUAAACGCAAAAAUGGAAUAAACAAUGUAAAAAAUGAGAAAAAUAGACAAAAAAAGGAAUAGAAUAUGAAAGUGAUAAAACGAUAAAAUAGAGAGAAAACAACAACAACAACAACAACAACAACAACAACAACAACAACCUCUGUGAUGCACCACCUAACACCUUCAAGUAGCAGUAGUGGUGGUGGUGGUGGUGGUGGCAGUAGUAGCAUCAUCAUCAUUAGCAGUAAUAGUAGCGGUGGUGGUGGUGGUGGUGGUGGGGACAUGUAUUAACCAUGGUCCUCACCCCAUCACCCCUUGAUGUGGCCACGCUCCCCACACCCCCCAGCCCCCGCCCUAACCGGCACAGCUUCGCCUUCCAGCAGCGGGGGGCGCGCAAGAUGGUGGGGGGCGCAUCUCCACCCCCCGUCACUAUUUCAAGGGUUCUGGACGCCUGGAAUGAGAUGAUAGAAAAUGAGAACCACAGCCUGCGGGAUCGGGUGGGGGACCUCGAGAAAAAGGUGCACGAACAGAAUGACGAGAUUAUGUGCCUACGGUCUACCCUGGCGGACGUGUUGAGAAGGCUUACCAUAGUUGAGACCUCCAGCAAGUUGGGCGUGGGCGGGGGUCGCGUCACGCCCACUAAGGAGGACAGGGGGACGGUGCGGCUUCGUCACCACCACAAUAGCGGGGGCGGCGAGGGCGGAGGGGCGCGGGAUGUGUCUAAGCGAGCGUCCUCCUACGUUCCCGCCCGCCCCGCCUCCUCCACCGCCAACAUCAGCAGGCGGGGUGCCCACUACCAGUCCACCUCCAGCCUUUACUCCGACGGUCACAGCUCCUCCUCCGUCAGCCCCGCCCCCUCCCCCUCCCCCACCGCGGCCCCCUCCUCCAGCACCCCCCACCACCACCACCACCACCACCACCACCACCUGCCAGCCCGACACAUAUCCACCUCCUCCUCCCCCUUCUCCUCCCCCACCCGCCCCUCUCAGCUGGGCGCCCUCAACAAGCGGUGGGUGUCGACUAGUGACUUCGCCACGCCCAGCCGCGCCGCCACCGCCUACGCCCACUCCCCCACGCCCACUAACACGCUGCUCGCCGCCAGACGGCCCAACAGCGGCUCCCUACACAACCUGUCCGUGCUCAGGGGUAACGCCGCCCCUCAGCCACACGUCACCCCUUUCACCAGGCACGGACCCCGUGAGGCACAGUACAAUGGCGAGGAGGGCGUGGUGAAGCUGUACCUGCGCGGCCGCCCUCUCAAUCUGUAUGUGCCCACCCCACUGAGGGAAACUUACUCCCCUACCGGGCCCUCCCCUGCGCCGCCUGCCAAACUGAAACUGGAGUGGGUUUAUGGUUACAGGGGUCGCGACUGCCGCAACAACGUGUACCAGCUGCCCACGGGGGAGAUCGUGUACUUCGUGGCGGCUGUGGUGGUGCUGUACAAUGUGGAGGAGCAAAUGCAACGCCACUACCUGGGCCACACUGACGACAUCAAGUGCCUGGCCGUUCACCCCAACAAGCUGAUCAUUGCCACGGGACAGACGGCGGGACACGACAGGAGGGAUGCUCGGCCCCACAUUCGUGUCUGGGAUAGUGUCAGUCUCCACACUCUUCAUGUGCUGGGAAUCAGCGACAUUGAGAGGUCCGUGGCCUGUCUGGCGUUCUCCAAGGCUGAUGGCGGCAACCUACUGGUGGCUGUGGACGAGGCCCCGGACCACAACAUGUCUGUGUGGGACUGGUCCAGGGGGGAGAGAGGCUACAAGCUACUGGAGACCAAGUGUUCAGCGGACCAGGUGCUCGCCGUGGACUUUUCCCCAAUGGACCGCAGCACCAUCAUCACCUGUGGCAAGAACCACAUCUCCUUCUGGAGCUACGACAGCGGCAUGUUGGCCAAACGCACUGGUAUUUUUGAGAACCGUGAGAGGCCGAAGUACGUCACCUCCAUUUCCUUCACUGACACUGGAAACGUGAUAUCUGGAGAUUCCAAUGGCAACCUGCUUAUCUGGCAUCGCGGCGGCAACACGGUGGACAAGAUGGUACGGGGUGCCCACGAGGGACCGGUGUUCUCCAUCCUGGUGCAGAAGGACGGCACAAUUAUCACAGGUGGCAAGGACGGCAACAUUGUGGAGUGGGACCGUGACCUGGAGCGCACCGAUGUGAUGCAGGUGCCAGAUCAGUACGGUCCCCCCCGUGUGGUGACCUCCGGCCGUGGAUCCCAGCUGGUGAUCGGCACCAUCCGCAACUGUGUGCUGGAGGGAACCUUCACCUUUGACAUGCGCCCCGUCAUGCAGGGCCACACUGAGGAGUUGUGGGGCCUGGCACCUCACCCCAGCCACCACCAGUUCCUGACUUCUGGCUACGACCGCACCUGCUACCUCUGGGACACCAUGGCGCACACCAUUGUCUGGAGCAAGGACAUUGGGGAGCCGGCCCAGUCUGCAGCCUUCUCCAACAACGGAGAUGUAGUGAUCAUCGGCACCACCAGUGGGCGCUGGCUGGUGAUGGACGCCGAGACCAGAGAGAUGUACUCCCAGCACCAGGACGGCAACGAGCCCAUCCAGGUACUUAAGUUCUCCCCCAACGGUCAGUACCUGGCUGUGGGCUCACGGGACAACCAUAUCUACAUGUACCAGGUGUCAGAGGAUAACCGCAGGUACACCAGGAUGGGCCGCUGCCAGAACAAACCCAGAAAGGCAAGGUAUCAAACUAUGCCUCCAUUGGGUCACUCCAGCUUUGUGACCCACGUGGACUGGUCAACAGAUAGCCAGUUCCUGCAGUCCAACUCUGGGGAUUAUGAACUGCUGUAUUGGAAUGCCGGUCUGUCCCGCCAAAUAGUACAGACCUCCCAGAUGCGUGAUGUGGAGUGGGCCACCAGCUCCUGCACCCUUACCUUCAACACGCUAGGCAUCUGGCCAGAGGGCGCCGACGGGACAGACGUCAACACCUGCACCCGCGCCAACAACAACUCCGUCCUGGUCACUGGUGAUGACUUUGGGAAGGUUAAGGUGUUCAGCAACCCAGCAUGCUUCCAGAAGGCCCGCUGUCUGGAGUACGGUGGACACAGCAGCCACGUGACAGCGGUGAGCUUCAUCCACGACGACUCCCGCCUCAUUUCCACCGGGGGAGACACAGCUGUCAUGCAGUGGGCAGUGACCUCCACCCCGACCAGUUCCUCCUCACAGCACUGAAGGAGACGUGGGGAGGUGCAGAGAGGCCAGGAAGAUCUGCUCUGUGCCCUGGGAAGAGAAGAGUGACAUGGCUGUGUAGAGGUGUCUGUAUCUUCUCUCUGGGACAGUCAAGUGUGGUUGUACAUAGCUGGAUGUUUAGCUGUAGUGGCUAGUUAGUUUCCUACUCAUUUGUUCACUGCUAUAUUUUUUUGACAGAUGGAAUAGAGUAAAUACAUAGCUUUUUCUAUAUAAUGAUGGGAGAGGGGAAUGAGGAUAGAUUUUGAGCGAGUGAGGCUGUUCAUGUAUGUGUGUGUGUGUGUGUGUGUGUGUGAUGCAGGAUAGUGCGAGUUGUGCUUGGAGGUGCAAUAGUGAAGAGCCUCUAAAAAAAAUAAUGAUUCUCCCAAGGUCCUGCCAUUAGUUUAGUCAUUCCUGAGGUUGUGAGGCGAGGCUGGCAGUCCCCGAGUUCACAGGAAGCCUGAUGAGAUCUAGGCUGAUGUAAUGUCUAUUUUUUGUACAUCCCUCACACUCCUCACCACACUCCUCAUUCCCAUCAUCUCCCCCGGUCCUCCUCCUUGCAUUCCCCAGCAGCCAAGGUCUUCCCCGCCCUGGAGGAUGUGUUGCAAUGCUCUGAGGUUCUGGUGCUGGCUGGGAGUCCUGCACCUGUUGCCUGUCUCCUGCACUAAUAACCUGGAACUAAUGGACUCCUGUACCUACAUACACUCGGAGCUGUGGGAUAGACUAAGCCACCACCAGCUCCAUAUCAACACCUCAACACCUCACCCUGACUCCACCACUGCCACCUUCUCAUCAUAUCUCACUAACACACUACCUAGUUUUCAAGCUUAUGCCCUUCACACAGCUCCUCUCCAACCUCAGCCCUUUCGUCCUUUCCUCAUAAUCAUCUGCUUUUUCGCCAUUGUUUCCUUCUCAUAUCUAACACAGUGCCCAGUUUUUAAGCUCCUUGUCUAUAUGUCUUCUCCCACAUGGCCUCUUUUCACCCUCAUACUACCUCAGUCUCUUUUUCCUCCUGUUUACGCUUGACAGUCUGCCUUUCAGCUUCACUACAGUAUCUUAAACAUCCUAUAAUAAUAUCAGCGCAUUUCACCCACAACUGCACUUCCCUUUAGUUAUCUUUACUGUUACCACCUCAUUUCAUACCUUUAUCAUUAACUCAUCCACCUAACCAUAUAUUCUCGUCUCCACUUGCUACCUUUACUUCCACAUCUCUACCACACAUCGUUUUCCUUCCACUCCUGUCUACAUGAUCCAUACGACCUCUCUUCCACUUUCUCCCACCAUAUCCUUUUAAUGCUUAGCCACACAUCUAUCCACACUCCCACCUCUCUUCCACCUGCACACCCAGAUUUGACUCCUCACAUCUUCCUCCCUUCAUCCACACACUGCCCAGGAUAUGAAAAUAAGGACCAUAUUCUGAAGCACUUACAUGCCACACCUCCACUACUUUCAAAAGGCUCUAGUUGAAAUUACAUGGGUUUUUAAGGGUGUUUUUAUGGUUCUAGUGAAAGACUGGUAAGAUUUCUGCAUUAUUAACAGGAGAAAUACUCUUGAGAACCUGGCUGAUCAUCUCUGUGGGCCUUGAAAGUAGUCGUGGUGAGAGAGUAAAGUGAAAUACAACAGAUACAACAAACAGACUUUAGUGUAGUGGAAUGUAGAGGAAGUGUAGUGGAGUGAGUAAUUAGCCUCAGAGUUACCAUUGUUAGGAUGCUGAGGAGUGAUUAACGAACUCAGAAUAUAUAUUUAAAAUGAAAGCAGACAAGCAAACAAAUGGUAUAUAUAUGUAAACAGUGAAUUAAAAAAAAAUGCACAAGCUGUAUUUUUUUGUGUAUUUUUUUGUAGGGAAACGUAAAAAAAAAAACGUAAUAAUUUAGUGCUGUUGCUGUCGAGACUGUUUUUACGGAUUUAUAUUUUUGUGUUUGUUUGUUGUUGCUGUUCUUUAUAUAUAGGGAGAGAAAAUAAAUCUGAUUAGCAUGUAAAUAGUGAGAGGUCUGUUUAACCCAGCAACCAAAGUUUUGAUUAAAUAUAUUACCUGUAACUCUAA